AUGUCCUCAUCCGCCGCCAAUCGAGGCCUGAUCGUCGAGGGGAUUCCGCUCGGUAUGGGCCGUCAGUUUACGCCCCGACUGACCAUGAAACGGGUCUACAACACCAAGUGCUUUCGCCCGGAACGCUAUCGGCAUGAGGUGGCUAACCAUUAUCGGGACUAUAAGCUGCAACAGCAUCUCUACCAGCAGCACCACGUCGGCCCCAAUCGUCGGCGGAGGCGACGUCGUCCUUACGGAUCGGAAAGUACUCGAGUGUCCGGCACCUCAUUAGCGUCGGCAUAUGUGCAGUUCCGCGACGUAUGGCCCACCCAUGUUCACAACUUUCCCAGAUUCGACGAUACGUUUACGAGCCGGGGCCGAAGGACUGUCUGCACCACCGGCUUGCCCACUGACGAGCCAUAUAACGACGCAGUGCGUCGGAUACGUAGCUCACAGAGCUGUUCCCAGCUCCGUCAGUUGGUCCAGCGCGCCCAGUUGUCAUCCCGUAUCCGGUUAACUAACAGCGAUUGUGAAACUGGCCGGAGCAGUUGUAGUAGCCAUGGGAAGACCAGCAACCGGUGGCGAAGCCAAAGUAGUAGCCAUGCCAUCAAUUAUCAGCUAAAUAUUAAUAUUGCUGCUGCAACCACGGAAACCCAACAAAGUCCGGAGACCGCGACGGAGACGGAGAAGGAGACGAAGAACCACCAACAACCGGUUGACUUUUACGGCUAUUUGCAAUUGGCCAGUGGGUAUUAUGAGCGAGGGGUUCAGGCCAAUAUAGCGUACCUGGAAUCGAUUGGACGGAAAAAGCAACACAAACAGCAACAGCAACAGCAACAUCAACAACAACAGCGUAAUGCAAUAAAGGCACCAUUGUCGGGUUUAUUCUUGGACUCACCAACCAACCAGGCAUUGGCAAUUCCCGGCCAGAAGUUGACGGGUCGCUUGCUCACUUUACUGAAGAGUUUAAAGAGCAAGGUGAUCAAAAGAAGGGGCCAGAGUCCAGAGCCAGGGAUACGAGUGGAUAUUAGGAGUUUAAUUAAUCAAGAGGAGGAUCAGGAGGAUCAGGAGGAGGACCAAGCGGAGGAGGAGGAGGAGGACGAUCAGGAAGCCAAGGAAGAGUCUCCUCCAUUAUCGCGUGGGAAUAGCAUGUGUGAUUAUUAUGCUGAGGAGUCGAAACAAUCAUCAUCGACUAGAUAUCCAAGUUGCCAGACACUGGGCGCCACAUCAGCCACAUUGGGAGCCACGGUCGAGGCCACGGCAGUGACUCUGGAAGCGAUUGCCACACGAGUUCCAGCCCUAGGCGUUGCUGGACCGGAUCAUCGUUGUGUUUACGAAAUUAUAGAUAACCUAAGUCACCUGAGUAUCGGGGAAAGUGGUUGUCGUCCACAGCAGCAGCACCAGGAGCACCAGCAGUACCAGACCCUACCCCAGAUAACCCUCACCGAUUGUACCGCUCAACAGGUGGCGCUUUAUAGUGCCAGCUUCGAUAUCAUCCAGUUGCAGAUACCCAACGAGGCCAGACCACCGACUAGAGACUAGAGAUUUUUUAAUUUAAUUUAUAGCGGCUGUUCAGCGGCUAGUAUUUGGCGCCAAUCGAAUCGAAAUUGAAUCGAAAAAUCAACCGAUAGAACACAUUCGAGAUAGAGAGCCAAGAGUAGAGAGGGCCGGAGCUCCAGAGCUCUAGAGCUCCGUAGGCCAGAGACCAGAACAGAACGUAACGAAUCUGAAAGGCGCGCGCACGUCAGCGGAAAUCGUUUAUAUGCUAAAUACAAAUAAAUAAAAAAAAACUACAAAAAAACUACAAAAAACUACAAAAAAAUACAAAAUAGAAAAUAGGUUUUGAGCGAACAAUGGUUGUUGGUAACAAUAUUGUUGAACCUGCAGCAUUGAAAGCCAC